CCUACACAUUCCCAGCAUUUAUAUAAGAUUGCCCUUGCCAGCAAGGCCGCUCCCUCCUGUCUCCUACUGUGUCUGAUGCAGAAUUGACCAUCUUUUUUGACUCCCAGAAUGGCCGAUUCUGCACAAAAUACUCCACCUGAAAAGACAGGCGACCAAAAUGCGAUUCCGGUACAGGCGUUGACGUCAGGGAAUUCCGACCAUGAACGCGGCACAACCCCUUCAGAGUCAAAUCAGACCGAGGGUGACACCCAAGAAAAUGGCAAGAAAAAAGAUGAACCGCCUCAGCAGUCGGUCUCUAUGGCCAACUACUUUAGGAUCCUUUCCUAUACUAAUAAAAAGGACCGAAUGGUGCUCGCCGUAGGGGUAAUUUGCGCGGUGGCGUCGGGAGUGCCUUUGCCUAUCAUGAAUAUUAUAUUCGGUGGUCUUGUGGGUACAUUUCUGGACUUUUUCACACCGGGUAACACGGUGUCAGAGAGCAGCUUCAAGUCCGAAGUGAGCAAGUUGAGUUUGUACAUCGUGUACCUGUUCAUUGCCAAAUUCGUCCUUACAUAUUUUGCAAUGCUCUCUUUCCGCAUCACUGGCCUUCGAGUCUCGGCUUCUCUUCGUCUUGAAUAUAUGCAGUCUCUCUUCUUUCAGCCGAUCAGUACAAUCGACCAACUGUCCGUGGGAAGUGUCACCAACACGAUCACGACGCUGUCCAACAGCAUCCAACAAAGCAUCGCGGACAAGUUGGCAAUCCUUCUUCAGUCUCUCGCUCUUGUCAUUACCGCCUACGUAAUUGCGUUUACAUACUCGUGGGCCUUGACUCUCGUCACGAGUGCAUCACUGCUCUUCAUUCUGAUCUUUGUCUCCUUGAUUCUACCGCCGAUAACAAAAACGCAGCAAAGCGUCGACAAGGCGGAUGAAAAACACUCCUCUAUCUCUGGAGAAGUACUGAGUUCCAUUCGGACGGUUUGCUCCCUCGGUGCGGAGAAGCCGCUAUCCGCCAAGUAUGGCAUUUGGGUUCAGGAGUCCCGCAAAUGCGGGCAACGCUUGGCUGUCUUGCUGGGUGUGAACAUGAUGAUUAUUUUUUUCUCCAUUUACUGCAGUUAUGCCUUGGCAUUUUGGUUUGGUUUGAAGUUGUUCCGGGAAGGACAUAUUGCCAAUAUCAAUACCGUCAUCAUCGUCUUCUUCUCGGUCAUGCUUGUGGUUAGCAUUCUCGGAUCGAUCGCCUCCCCGUUGAUGAUGAUCACCAAGGCAGUCAGCGCGUCGGCCUCCUUUUUCGAAAUCAUGGACGCCCAGAAAGUAGACACCAGCGGUCUACGCGAACCCGAGGCCUCGGCUGAAGUCGAUAUUGUUUUUCAGGAUGCUCAUUUCGCCUAUCCUACGCGGCCUGAUGUUUCGGUUUUGAAGAAUAUGAACGCACGUUUUCAACGGGGAAAAACGACGGCGCUGGUUGGGCCAUCGGGGUCGGGAAAGAGUACAAUCGUGGCCAUGGUGGAACGGUGGUACCGGUUGAACGGUGACGACGGGCAACAAGGGUCUAUUCUUGUCGGUGAUCAUAACAUCAACAGCCUGGACUUGAAGUGGUGGCGAUCGCAAAUCGGCCUUGUGCAGCAGGAACCGUUCCUAUUCAACAACAGUAUUUUCGAGAAUGUGGCGUUCGGUCUCAUUGGCACCAAAUGGGAGAAUGAGUCGGAUGAAGUGAAGAAGCAGCUUGUUGAGGAGGCAUGCCGGGAAGCGUUUGCAGAGGAGUUCAUCCUCCGUCUACCAGAGGGCUAUGCUACCGAGGUUGGAGAAAGCGGCAUUAAACUCAGUGGUGGUCAGCGGCAGCGCUUGGCGAUCGCCAGAAGCAUUAUCAAGCAGCCCACAAUAUUGGUACUGGACGAGGCAACGAGUGCGAUCGACGUGCGUGGUGAACGAAUUGUGCAAGCCGCUCUCGAAAAGGUGUCGCAGAACCGAACAACCAUCGUUAUUGCCCAUAGACUUUCCACCGUGCAGCAAGCCGAUCACAUCAUAGUCAUGAAGGCCGGCGUCAACGUUGAGCAGGGCACCCACGAAGAGCUUCUGGACAUUGAAGAUGGUGUAUACCGUGGUCUCGUCAAUGCGCAGCAACUGGAACUGUCCACAGAAGCUGAUGAGGACUCAACUGAAAGCCUGCACGAGUUGAAAGAAGAAGGCACCGCGAAAACCAUGUCCAUCUAUGAGCCUGAGGACCGAGAUGCCAACGCAGAAAACACAAAGGCGAAGGGCUUCUUUGGUACUAUUGGCUUGAUGCUUUGGGAGCAGCGUACUCACUGGCCAUUAUACAUUCUAGCUGUGUUUGCUUGCGCUGGGGCUGGAGCUGCGUAUGCUCUCCAGAGCUGGCUAUUUGCCCAACUCCUUGUCGUUUUUACAUACACUGGUCAGAAGCUUUCUGAUGCGGCCAACUUUUGGUCGUUGAUGUUUUUCAUUCUGGCCCUUGCCGUUGGCGCAUUCUACUUCUUGUUUGGCUUCGCUGCUCAUACGAUCUCCAUGAGAAUUACCGCCACUUACCGUAUGGAAUACUUCCAGAAUACGCUCAAAAAGCCGAUGUCUUUCUACGACUUAGACGAUAAUUCGUCCGGAUCGCUCAUGGGCAGACUUACCACCGACCCCAAGCAGGUACAAGAAAUCCUUGGCCUGAACGGCGCCUUGCCCUUGGUGUCUAUCUUCAACAUUCUCGGUUGUAUUGCCAUUGCCUUCUCAUUUGGUUGGAAGUUGAGUCUCGUGGCGGUGUUUGCUGCCUUGCCAGUCAUCUUCUUUGCCGCCUUUAUGCGCAUUCGUUUCGAAGUACAGUUCGAGGCGAUGAAUGCAAAGGUUUACAACGGCAGCUCGCAGUUCGCAGCGGAGGCUAUAAGCGCAUUUCGAACUGUCUCUUCAUUGGCAAUGGAAGAUACUAUUCUUGAUCGAUACAGCAACCUUCUGCAAGAUCAGCAGAAAAAGGCCUUCCAUAAGGCUUGGUAUGCUACUCUGGUGUUUGCCUUUUCCGACAGUAUUGAGCUGUGCGCUAUGGCGCUCACCUUUUGGUAUGGAGGUCAACUUCUCGCUACGAGAGAAUACGAGCCAACCACGUUCUUCGUCAUCUAUAUGGCUAUUAUUCAAAGUGGUCAGCAUGCGGGUCAAUUCUUCAGUUAUGGAUCGAACUUCGCACAAGGCAUCGCUUCCGCCAAUCGUAUCCUGAAGUCUCGCCUGGGCAUUCACUCCGAAGAUCAUUCAAACACCGAUGAAAAGCAAGCCUUAACCCUGAAAAAUGACGUUGGAGCUAGCGUUGAGCUCCGCAAUGUCGCAUUCAAGUAUCCCUCGCGCGACACCCCUCUCUUCACCGGCUUGAACGUCGACAUCAAAGGCGGACAAUUCGUCGCAUUCGUAGGUCCUUCCGGCUGCGGCAAAACAAGCGUCAUUUCCAUGCUUGAGAGAUUCUACGACCCUAUCAGAGGCACAAUCCUCGUCAAUGGCCAUGAUAUCUCCUCCAUCGACCUCGCAUCCUACCGACGCGCACUAUCCCUCGUCGCCCAGGAACCCAAGCUCUUCGAAGGCACCAUCCGCGAGAACGUCACACUCGGUCUCAAUGACAGCGAUUUCUCUGACGAUGAAAUCGCGCAAGUGUGCAAAGACGCCGAGAUCCAUGAUUUUAUCACCUCCCUUCCGCAAAGCUACGCCACCGAGCUCGGGGUCAAGGCCCAAGCUUCUAUGAGUGGUGGUCAGCGCCAGCGACUCUGCAUUGCGCGCGCAUUGCUGCGCAAACCUUCUCUUUUGCUCUUAGACGAGGCCACGUCCAGUUUGGAUUCCCAGUCGGAGAAAACUGUCCAGGCCGCUAUUGAGAAUCUCGCGGGGAAGAAAAGUAUGACUAUUGUUGCUGUCGCGCAUAGACUUGCGACUAUCCAAAAAGCCGAUGCUAUAUUUGUGUUCGGGGAGGGCCAGCCGGGUCGUGGAUCUGGUGUGGUUGAGCACGGAACUCAUCAGGAGUUGCUUCGUAAGAGGGGGGCUUACUGGCAGAUGUGUCAGGAACAAGCGCUAGACCGAUAAAUUACAAAAUUACUGACAACGACUUGGCAUGACUUUAUAUUGAUAGAUCUUUUGAACACGCCUACCCUCUGAAAUCAUCCGACACUAUUUUUUUCUCGACAUGCCAGGGCGUUACAGUUUCUACCACGGAAUGUUUCUUACGGCCGUUUUCAUUGUGCAAUAUAC